UGUUAGCAAAAAAAAAAGAUCUAAUUUUGUAACCCCCCAAAAGCAAAGAAAAAGAAGCAAGAUCUAAAGGCAAAGACAAAGUAAUGGGUUUCUUUGGUGUUGUGUCAUGUGUGUGUUUUCCCUCCUAACACGCCUGCUUCAGAUGCCUAACUAACAUUUUGCUUCAUUCUCCUGUUUCCUUCUCUGGGAUCCAAGCCCCAGCCACCGCUAAUCUGAUUUAUAUGCGUUUCUUGCACCUCUGAAAUGCCCCCUUGUAGUUAAGAUUGACAUUCCUUUGAGGGCUGAUUAUAAUCAUGUCUGGGGAGAUAGAAGAACCCUUUAGUUUUAGCUUUCAGUCAGACUCUUUACACUCUGGUUCCAUAUCAUUUGGGAGGUUCGAAAAUGAAGCGUUAUCUUGGGAAAAGAGAUCAUCUUUCUCACAUAACAGAUAUGUUGAAGAGGUCGAAAAAUGCUUGAAACCAGGUUCAGUUAUUAAGAAGAAAGCUUACUUUGAAGCUCAUUUCAAAAAGAAGGGUCUUCCCAAACCAAAUUUACCCGAGUGUCAUCAUGGUACAGAUUCUCAAGUCUCUGAAAAUGAUGUCUUGGAGAGUGGUGCUUACAGGGAAGAAUUUGAACAUGGAAAUGAAGGCAGCAGUUAUGCUCAAUUUGAUGAGAGCCCGGAUGGUUCAGAGUAUCAUGGAGACUGUAGUGUUGUGACCGAAUGUGAAAAAGAAGAUCCUGAAGUUUUAUUGUCUAGUCCUCAGAAGGUAUCUUCCUUAAAGGAUGAUGAUAUUUUGGUCGAUGGUGCUGUUGAAGAUGCAAAUUCUGAGGAAACACAUCAACCCGGAAAGGAUUGUGACAAGUUUUCUUCAACUAUUGAUGAACCAGAGACUGAUGUAAAUAAGAAUCAUAAUGGUGAUGCAGCGAAUGCUGAUGAAUCUUCUAACCCUGUUAAUAUAUGCCCCAAGACUGAAGCAGCUAAGAAAAUUGAUAGCACUAUUGUAGAAACUUGGCAAAGUGCUUCUCCAAAGUUGAAGGAUGCAAAAGAAUCCAAAACUUCCAAGCCCAGAGACAAUUCUAAGGCCAGCAUUUCUCAGGUCCAGAGAAGCAUUUCUUGUGAGGCAUCUAAAGAUCCUAUAAAGAAUUCUAAUACAAGAGAAAGAGAGGGCACACGGAGGAGAACGGAUAAAGAAAAGCUGUCAUCAAAAACUACCAUUCCAUCAACACAUUCUGGACGCAGAACUUCAAAAUUAGAGGAGUCUAGAGAUCUGAAGGGAAAAUCUGUUCAUGAGAGUACAAGUGAUAAAGAGUCACGAGGCAAGAAACUUGAUGAACCUCAACCUCCGGCAUUCAAGCCUGACCCCAGAAGAUGCCAAACAGCAAACAGGCUUAACCACAGAGUGACCAAGUCUGAUACGAGAUCAAGUGUUGCAACUUUCAAUUUCAAAAGUUCUGAACGAGCAGAAAGGAGGAAAAAGGCAAGCCAGCAUUUUUCCAUGAAGUUGGAAGAAAAAAUGCACGCUAAGGAAGAUGAGAUGAGUAAGAUCCAAGCAAGAAAGCAGGAAAAGACAGAAGCUGAGAUUAAACAAUUCCGGAAAAGCCUCAACUUCAAAGCAGCACCAAUGCCUUCUUUCUACAAUGUAGCUAUGACUUCAGGGCCUGAUGGAAAAAAGGCUGCAUCUACCAAAUUCUCUAAAGUACAAGGCAAGUCAACAAGUCCAGGGAGUGGAGCUGCUGCAGGAUUGGCCUCACAUUCAGAGGUAGGAAAGGAUGAAGAUCCCACUUCUAGUGCUCCUGUAAGCACAACUGAAUCACAUGAUGCCUCAGGAGAAACCAACUUAUCCCGAGAUACGAAAACAAAAAGUGAAGGCAGCAGGAUGAAAGAAAAAGAGAAGGAUGCUAAUGUGCAGAAACAGCGGUUUUUAGAAAGUGGUAAGGUGGCAAAAGGUCGGAAAAGUGAGGGGAAGCAGAAAGCGGGAGGCGAAAGAAAUAGCACAGAGAUGUCAAGGAAGGGUAUGAAAGGCAUCGGCUUCGGAAGCAGUUCCAGAAUGGGUCAUCUAACAGUUGGUGUUGCUUCAUGAAUGAAGGGUCCUUGUUCCUUUUGUCAUCCCAUCAUCCACAGUAUGCUUCAAUUUAUGGUAUUGGUGACAACCAUUAUUACUGUUAGUGAUCAUCAAAAUCAGCUGUUGAGGCUAGCGUUCCCUUUUGCUAUCACUUUUAGAGUCCCACAGACAGUUUUAUCCAUGCAAAGCUUGUAACAAAAGCAUAUAAGCUGAAUAGACAUAAUAAUAAUGGUUGCGCUGUUUUGAGGGGCUAAAAUUGCCUAGGCUAGGCCCUCUUGCCACCUUAUAAAUAUGAUAAAUUAAAAAUUGAUUAAAUUAUAUUAUUCAUCAGGUAGAUUGUAAUGAAAGCAAGUUCUCUUUCAAUCAAAGUAUGUCUCUUUGAAA